GGUAGUAUUGGUACCAGUGGUUGCUAGCCAAAAGAAGCGAGCUUUCACUCCUUUUUCACAAACAUACAUUUAAAGCUACUUCUUUAAUAUGAGUGCUUUACUCGAAGAAGAGUCUAGUGCGGGAAGGAAGAGAAGACGUGACGUGUGGUCACAUUUCUUCUACAUUAAAACUGAAGAGAAGACCCGGUGCAUCGUUCCAGAUGAGUACGGGGUUCCUUGUGGCCACAAGAUGGGGGGGAAAAACACCACCAAUUUAAAAAGACACCUGAGGCUGAAGCAUCCCGAAGUGUCUGCCCAGAUUCCUGAGACUGUAUACCGACCACAGAAACUAUGCAGUGAAACAGUGAAAGAACAGUCAAGAAUUCCCAGCAUGCUGACUUCGCGAUUACAGUACCAUCUUGGUGAAAAUGAGCAACAAACUAAAGAGAGAGCUCUAGCUCUGUGGAUAGGCCGCAGCGGUCUGCCAGUGCGGACAGUGGAGGAUAGGGAUUUCAUUAAACUGAUGGAAGUAGUUGACAGGAAGUUGACCUUACCAAGCAAAACCAGAAUCAUUAACCUGGUCGAGGGCAUCUAUAGGGACGAAAGAAAGAAAUUCAAAGAGAGACUGGCCACAGCUCGGAGGAUAACAAUCGGACUAGACAUUUGGACCACAAAGAGAGUAAAUUUCUCCUUCCUGGCUGUAAGUGCAUGCUUCUUUUGCACUGUAAAGAACCAACCUGAGCACAUUCUACUCAGCGUCAAACAGAUCUCUCAUCCCUACACUAACAGGUCCGUCAAAGCUUGUGUUGACAACUGCACUGAAAUGUGGGGGAUACCAGAAAACAAAAUCAUCACGGUCAUCACAGAUAAUGGGAGCAACAUGGCUGCUGCAUUUAAAACACCGGAGGAGGAGGGGCACAGCUCCUCGGAUGAGUCAGAAGACGAUGAAAGUAGCGAUGGAGACUGGGAGGAUGAGGACGAGGCGAGGUAUGGAGGCAUCGAGCGGAUACCCUGCUGUCUUCACAUGUUGCAGCUGGUUGUCAACAUGAUACACAAAGAUGAUUCUGCUUCCCGACUUCUGCAGAAGGUGAAUGCAGUUGUCCAACAGUUUAGAAAGUCUCCCAGUGCAAUGGUGAAACUACGUCAGCUGUGUGGACUGACUCUUAUUAACGACAGUAAGACGAGAUGGUCCGGCACAUUUCAGAUGAUCUCCCGGCUCCUGCAGGUCAAAGAUUCUGUGGCUCAAGUUGCAGAUGAGAUGGGUUGGGAUUGUUUUCUACCAAGUGAAUGGAUCAAGAUGACGGCCAUCCAAGAACUCCUGCUGCCCUUUGCAGAGCACACAAAAACCCUUCACAGUGAUACGAUGUCUCUGUCUAUGGCAGUGCCAGCCUUACUCGACCUGAUGGCUCACCUCUCCCAGUUCUCUCUGCAGUCACCUCACAGUGACCUUUGCAGACUGGCAGACAGAAUGAAAGCAGACCUGCAGGAGCGCUUCAGCUGCUUCCUGCAUCCCAGUGCAGCUAAGUUCUCUCCACUUGCAGCCACCGCUUGCCUUCUUGACCCCACAGUUGCUGGCGAUGCUCUUAUUGAAAACACAGAUGAUGGAAUCCAGGAGCUUUUGGCUGAAGCAGAAAAAUUUAUCCUCAGUGCUGUCACACCAGCUUCACUAAAGAAGGAGGACGAGUGUGAAGAUGGGGACGAGUCUGUGAGGGAAGACGUUCCCCCUUCAAAGAAGCGGCUGUUUAGGUUUCUGUCCACCAAGUCAGCAUCCUCUAAACUGUCAAAACAACCCAACAUUUGUGUUGCUCAACAGGACCUGAAGAAAUACAAAGAGGAGCUGUUGUGUCCAGGAAGCUGUCAUUUUGAGCGAGGCAUUGACUUUUGGUUGGAACAGCAAAACUCGGCAUAUGUGACUUUGAAACCUCUGGCUUUAGAUUUACUAGCAAUGCCUGCGUCACAAGCCUUUGUUAAGCAGGUGUUUAGUAUAACAGACCUUAAAAAGGCAAGUCACAACAAGGCCAGGGUCAUCUUUGAAAGGAGUGCCUUCCUGAAACUCAACCAAGAUAAGUAAAGUGUUGGAGAUAGACUGAAAGAAGCCUGCACUUUAAAAGUGUUCACCCCCUUGUAUAGUUUACCCUUUUAUUAAUUUUAUAAAUCAAUUAAAUCACCAUAAAUAUAAUUUUUCUGUUUUUUAAUUGUCUUUAAUUUCAAUUUGGAAACAGAUUUCCACAAAGAAAGAAAGAAACAAAAAUAUCUAGUGGCUUCAUAAAUAUUCACCACCUUUAAAGUGACUGACCUAAUUCAACAGAGGUCCAGCCAAUUUGUGUUAGUUGUCUUACAAAUAAUGAAAUGGGGAUCGACUCAGUGAUUGUAGCAUAAAGACACCUGUGUCUGGAAGAUCCAGGCACUGGCUAGUCAGCAUACCUGGCUACCAUUACACCAUGAAGACAAAAGAACACUCCAAGCAACUCAGAGAAGAUGUUAUUGAAAAGUAUAAGUGGGGAGAUAGAUACA